AAUGCGUUUCUCCUCUGCAAUUGUCCUCGCCGUCAUGACUACUUUAGCAUCAUCAAUCUCUGCCAUGCCUCUUACCAGUGACACGGAUAGCGCCGAUCAUUGUGCCAAGGCUUGCUUUUGGGACUCACAAUGCAACAGCAAUCAAUGCACUUUUAAUGACUGCGUAAGUAUCAGCAUUUUUCUGGACUUGAUAACACGACUCACCUGCAUGGCAGACCUUUUUCGUCUGCACAGUGAGCCAACUUUCUGCUUUCACAUCGGUGCAGUAUGGCUGUUGAUACUGACGCGCGAGUUACUAGUGAUUUGCACUGCGAGUUGGUCGACCCUAGAUAUUGUCGAGUGUUGUUGAAAAGUUGAAAGUCGAUUCCCUGACAAAAUAAGAUAAUUGUUUCGGCAAGCCAAGUACACG